UCCACUACUUUAUAUGGUCAGACUAUUCAUCUAAUAGUUCCAUUUAGACAGGACUCUGGAUUAACCUCCGAAUCACCAAUAUUUAUUGUAUAUAAAAGCUUUUUAACUCAUCCAUUAGCUGGCAAAGUGACAUGUUAAUUGUGCAUAUUACGGAGGAUAAAGCAGCGGCGUUUUUAUUGUAAAAGUUUAAUAGCAUGGCGCGAGAUGCUGUAGUGAUAUAACAACCUUUAAACUGCAGGAGAGAUUUGACAAGUAUGGAUCGGUGCAUAAAAUACUAGCCAGUCAGGACACAUUCCAAAAGACAUCGAUCACGACCCAAUAAUUAAACACAACUUUAUCAUCGGAGCAGUAAACUGGGACUAAAAACUGGAAGGUUUUUAGGAAUUAAAACCGAGUUCAUAAUACACAAUUACCUGCAUUGUUGAAGAGGCUGAGAUUGUAUCGGAAAAUAGCAAAGAUAAGUAUCAGAGCAGAUUCAACUAUUUAAUGGGGACAUAAAAGCCAGUCACACAAUCAAUAGAAGUCCCGGGUUAUACUUUUGUGACUGUAAUCAACGGACAAUGGACAAUUAUUCACAAAAUAUCAUGGACCUUCGUCCCAGACAGAUCUUACUGUGUCGUCUUUGAAGUCUUUGGGACUAUCUACUUCAAAGCAAAAUCAUCUCAUUUAGCCGCAGAAGUAGCUGUAAUUGAGAGUGAAGAUGAAAUAAAACAAUUCCUUUAACCAUCUUCGGAGACAGGGAUCAUUCGAUUCUGGGUAAGGUGCAAUUUUCUUUACUCUAAUUGGCUCUACAUUGACUUAACAGAGCAGCUAGUCAUCUCUGUAACGAAGAUAAGGACACUUCAUUGUGAUGCAACGGCGCUGAAAGAACUUGUUCCGUCACCUUAUUAACAAACUUUGAAUACUUAUGGAGAAAACUGUGAUUUUCGUUUAGUUUUCCUUGAAUCUAAAAUGCAUUCAACACAGUUUGAAAACUUUGAUAAUGUCUCGGCUUUCAUAGGAUACAACCAAACAACAGAAAUGUUUAACAAGACGGAUGUGAAUGACACUCGAAGCCCACGUGGUCCCCCGGACGACUUACUUUUACAAGUUAUAACGCCCGGACAGUCCUACAUAGUGCCUAUUAAUGGAAUUGUGUCUAUUAUUUUCAUAUUAGUAACCAUCGUUACCAAUAUUCUUGUCAUGUUAGUUCUACUUCGGAAACACAUGCGAUCCCCAACUAACAUUAUACUAUCUGCUAUGGCCCUGGCAGACAUGCUUACUGGAUUGUUUCCCCUUCCAAUGUAUUUCUACUUUUUCACGCUCGGAAACUACGCUGAUUACCCACCAUACAAUUGGUGUUAUGUUUACAAAUUGUUUGCGGAAUACCUGCCUAUGAUUUUUCACACUGCCUCAAUAUGGCUGACUGUCUUCUUAGCGAUUCUAAGGUACAUCUACAUCUGUCAUACAGAUAUGGCCAGAAAAUUUUGCACCGUGUCUAAUGUUAUCAAAACUACAGUAGGUAUUUAUGUUGUGGCGGCUUUGACGCAAACUACCCGUUUCAUAGAGUCCCAAUUUAUCCCAAUCACGAAGCCUUCAAAGAUAAAUCCGAAUGAGACAAUCACCACCUGCAUUCUUCCUUUCAGUCCCUUUGUGGCCCAAGAUGUGGACCUGUAUUACAAUUUGAUUUAUGGAUUUAGGGUAAUAUUUAUUCACUUCAUUCCUUGCUCACUUCUGUUGAUCUUAAAUGCGCUCCUUAUCCGAACAAUGCGUCAAGCUCAACUUCGACGGAGACUGCUUAUGAGACAAAACAAGAAAAGUGAAUCAAAGAAACUUGCAGACAGCAACUGUACGACAUUAAUGUUGGUCGCUGUUCUGGGAUUAUUUCUGCUUGUAGAACUGCCUCUUGGCGUUCUUAUGAUAUUGUUCAGCAUACAAAAUACGCUGGACAUACCGAUUUUUGAAUUGAGUAAUUUCGCCCUAAUGACCACUGUGUCCAACACCAGCAUUCUUGUGUCUUAUCCGUUGAACUUUUUGAUAUAUUGUGCAAUGAGUCGACAAUUCAGAGAAACUUUUAAGAGAAUAUUCACUUGCAAGCCUAUGCCUUUGCAACGGGAGUGCUCACAUUAUACAGCCGUUCCACAGGAGAAUGGAAAAGCGCACCAGCAAGAAGGUACAAACGUGGUAGAAAUCUCCGAGUACAAGAAAACUGGAUGACGAAAAUAAAAGUUUUCCGUCCCUGAUUGUUACAGGAACUUGAAAAAUGAACAAGCCCUGUGAUCUGUUAAUAUGUAUGUGUGUAACCGUUAUCUGUAUAUAGGAAAGUCGUGCUGGAAAUUUUUAUUUGUCUCCUGUUACAUGUAUGUUCGCCCUUACGUACCGACAAACUGAUUAUGCGUUGACAAAUUAAUCUCGGUUUAGAGUUUCCUAAUAGUGUUCAACCGAAGAACCUAAUAGUGUUCAACCGAAGAAUGCUAAGAUGAAUAGGGGCGAAAAUAAAACAGGGACCAAACAUAUUAGUAGUAUAUGGAAAAACUUAGGAAUAGGAAUUAUAUUUAUCAUUAUAGAUAAUUAAAAACAGUGUCAUCCCUAACGUACUUAUUUAUAAAAAAUCUGAAGUAGGAUUAUAUUUCUGUAAUUUCAUUUAUUUUUUACCAGUUGCAUUCGUAGCUUUUUCGUGAUUUGGUGUAAUAAAGCUGGACAAUCCGUGUAAUUCUUGAAUUGUUCAUCAUUUCAUGAUGGAAGAUGGAUGGGAUGACGCUUGUAAAAUAAACCCCCUAUUGUUUGCCACGCCAUCCUCCGACUCCCGUAUAUUAAUUAAGUUCACUUCAUGGUAGUAUUGUAUCGUAUGUAACAAUCACCUAUUAUUACCACAUAUAAAUUUAGCGGCCUUUCUUUCGUCGUAAAGAAAUUAUUCAAUAAGGCACAAAUUAGAUAUCCGGAGAGAUCAGGCGAUCAAUCUUGCUGUGGGAACGAUGUAUGACCUUUCUAAUGAUAAUUAACUAUUAUACAUGCAUCAUUUCACUAUUAUUGGUUUUGUAGACCUUUUUUCUUCUUCAAAAUGAUGAAUGGUAAUGGCACAAUAUUGUAUAUAAGUGGCAAUUUGUGUAUUUCUUUACAUUAGCCAUCAAAACAUAUCUAUUAAAGUAGAAAUGGGG